UGACUUGGGCUCCCGGAUGAAGACGUCACGAAGCUGUUCAGUAGAAUAACAACAAGGAUAUUUCGCUGGAUUUAUCUAGAUGCUAUAUAUCUUUUUGUCUUAAGUCGUAUAUUAAUUAGGUAUUUAAAUAUGUCUACACCUGCCAGGAGACGGCUCAUGAGAGAUUUUAAAAGGUUACAAGAAGAUCCCCCUGCUGGAGUUAGUGGUGCACCAACAGAUAACAACAUUAUGAUAUGGAAUGCCGUCAUUUUUGGACCGCACGACACACCCUUCGAAGACGGCACCUUUAAGCUGACACUAGAGUUCACUGAAGAGUAUCCCAACAAGCCUCCCACAGUGCGGUUUGUUUCCAAAAUGUUUCACCCUAACGUGUACGCAGACGGCAGCAUUUGCCUAGACAUUCUUCAAAACCGCUGGAGCCCCACGUACGAUGUAUCUGCCAUCCUCACUUCAAUUCAGUCCCUGCUGGACGAACCAAACCCGAACAGUCCCGCCAACAGCCUGGCAGCACAGCUCUACCAAGAGAACCGUCGUGAAUACGAAAAGCGUGUCGCGGCCAUUGUAGAGCAAAGCUGGCUCAACUUUAACGACGAGGAUGACAAGGACCCCAAGAAAGAAGCCUCCUAGCUCCCCUUUUCCCACACAUUUAUCUCCAUCCCCCUCUCCCCAUCCCCUCCAACUUCUAUCCCGUCGGAGAAGUGGCCGGAUGGACCAGGUGUUUGAAGUAACACGGGCGCAUGUGUGUGGUGGGAGCCAGCCCCCGCCCCCGAGGUCGGGUGAAUGUGAGCGACAGUGCUUUGUGACUGCUUGUGGGGACUUGUGUAUCGUUUCUAGCCGCAUCCUGCAAGAUUUUUGUGCACAUUUUUUUUUUUUUUUCCACUCUUCUACAGACUUUUUGAGAAACUGCAAAACCCUAAAGUGUAUUGGUACCAUUUUGUGGGUGCUGUCAAGAGGGCUUCUUUGCUUUCCUUCAUAAAUAUAUCAAUAUCCCAUAAGGGAGCCUGUAAAGUGUUGAAAGUGGCCUAGGGGGUUCCUUUGUUUUUUAACUGUCACAUCCUCGCUUCAUAUUGUCACUUGAGAGUGCUGUGUGAACGAUGCCUGCUGGAGUAAAGUAUGUGUGAGUGUGCACAAGACAUAGCAAUGUUUCUUGUGCUUGUAUGUUUUUGUUUCUUUCUUUCACUGCUGCUUUAUACAACACUUAAAGGGAUUUUGCCGCACUUAGCAAAAUCUCAAAAAAUUCCUAACUUAAUCGUAAACGGCGGUUGAGGCCACACAAGUGGAAGUUUAGGAAUGUGCUUGCUUGGUGAAAGUUCAUCGUGUCAGAGGAUUCCAUCUUUCUGACUUUCUUUUCAUAAAAUAUUGCUAUUUUAUGUUGGUGACAUAUGAGCCAGAAUAUAUUUAUUGAACAGCUAAGUGUAACGUUACUAUCUGCUGACAGACCCUUUGAACUAUGGGGUGUAAAAGAAACAAGUAGCCCUUUUGUGUUUCUAGUCCGACCACAUAAAAAAAAUUAAAUUUCUCCCGCUCCCUAGAGCACCCACUUUUCUUUUCUUUGUCCUGGUGCCCAAUUCUCAGCUUCUGUGGAACCCCACACAUGCCUUUUAAGAGUUGGCACAUGUCGUUGGAACAUCUGGAGGAAAGGAGCACUGCGCUACGUCUGCCGACGGGACCGAGGUCGCAAUGACAAAAAAGACGAGAUGCUUUGUGUGAAGUCUCUUUUCUUGUAAAAAGAUUUAUUUGUAUACAGUUUGUACCAUAGUUGAUUGUUUCUUUUUUGCAACUUGAACUUGAAAGCCCCACAGUCAGCCCUCUUUUUGAAUUUUUUUUUCUUCAAGCAAGGUUUAUCCCCUGUGUACCAAUGUGCAUUUCAAAUAAUGGCAAUGCAUAUGUUACUAAUUGCUGGUGGUAAUUAAUAAAAGAAAAGAACUUGGGUGUC